AUGAGGGACAAAGAGAGACAGAAGGAAACCAAGGGAGGCAGACAGCGACCGGCGAAGACAGGGGAAGAAGAAGACAGACAGAUGAAGACAGCGAGAGAAAAAGAGACAGAUGAGGAAAGAGACAAAAAGAAGGACCAAGCGACACAAAAGGCGACAAGGCACCUCAACUUUAGGCUGCAGCUGCCCUACGGUGUAUAUACAGCAGUUCUCAGCGCUCCCCAACACAGUCGCGCGGCUGCUGCUAUUGCUGUAGCUGCUGAAACAAGUCGGUUGACUGACUCUCCAUCCGUCCUUGGUUUUUCUGCGAAUGAGAGCGGAGAAAACACCAUAGGUCUCAAGUAG